UCAAAGCGUCAAAUCCAAAUACCCAUUUUUAUUUUCAGAGCCGGCUAACGCUUCCCUCUUUUCCUCUUCCCUAUCUAUAUAAAUCCCUCGCCCGCCUAAUCCCUCAACGCUGGAUUAUCUCACGACUUCCGCCUCUUUCUCUCUCAAUCAAUCUCUCUCUCCAAACGCUCCAGACCAGAAUCGUCGCAAGAACUAGAAAAUAAAUCUACAGAUGCAGGAAGAAAGCACAGAAGUGGCUUUCUGCCCAAGCUUCAACAGCUACACUUCCGGCGAGCUGACGGACGCCGCUGACAAAGUUCGCAACGAGUUCGCCUUUGAUUCCAAACUGGCCGAAGAAGAUGAAAGGGGGCUUGACGUCGAUGACAACUUCGAGUUUUGCGUAGUUCGCUGUGGGAGCAAUUCCGGCGCCGAUGCUUUUACUGUAUCUGCCGACAACAUGUUCUACGGCGGUCAGAGUCAUCCGAUUUUCCCCGUUUUUAAUCGCGAUUUGCUCUUGGACAAAGGUCGAGUGCUUGAUUCCCGGACCGGGGAGGUACCGUCGAUUGGAAUUCCUCUGAGGAAGCUGUUCUUUGAAGAUCGGGAUCCUCUGUCGUCGUCCUCGUCGGAGGCGGACGAGCCGGAAAGCCUUCCGCCGUCGACGUACUGCGCCUGGACGCCGAAGGCGUCGGAGGCAUCUCCUGGGAAGUGUAAGAAGAGCAGCUCCACAGGAUCGUGUUGUAGGCGGUGGAGGUUUCGCGAUUUACUUCGCCGGAGCCAUAGCGACGGGAAAGACUCCUUCGUGUUCUUAAAUGCCACCGGUACUUCCGCUGGCGGCAAAAAGGAAGAGAAAAUUACUGAGAAGACCGAGAGAACUUCGAAAACAAAACAACGCCGGAGCUCCGGCGAAUUUUUGUCCGGAAAAUCGAAUGCGAAGGCAAAGCUGCCGAACGAACUUCGUAACGAAAAGGUGUUAUCAGCUCACGAGAUCUUCUACGUGAAGAAUCGAGCCUUGAAGGAAGGCGAGAAGAGGCGUUCGUAUCUGCCGUACAGGAAGGAUCUGUUUGGUUUCUUCGCCAAUGUUAGCGGAUUCAGCAGGAACUUUCCGGUCUAUCCUCCAUACUGACAUUGCUAAGGUCUCUCUCCUGGAUUCUGCAGAUGAAACAUUUUUUUUUAUAUAAAUAAUGUAAAUAAAUUAACAGGCGCAUCGCAGAACCAUUAAUUUUGUGUGCCUCAGAUUUUCCUAAUUCUUUAUCCGGAGGAUUGUGAUUGUUAUUUUUAAAUUGUUCUUGAUGGAUGAGAAUUAAUUGGGGCUGUCCGAAGGCCUUUCCAUUUCCAGAAA